AUGUGUGUCCCUCUCUAAAUUAAUCUGUGACCCCUCUCCUCUGGAGGAGUGACGUCAUGCGGCUGCCUCCUCGGUGUGUGUCCGAUAUGAUGACUCCUCCGCACGGUCACAGUUAAACCUUCACCCCGCUGCCGUUCAUCCCCCGUCGGUGUAGCGUGAUGCAGCAGAAGUUGUGUUCCAGAGGUUGUAGUUCUUUCCUCUUAGAGCGGAAUGGCCAGGCCUGCGGCGCUGGCACCGACCCCAUCACCUGCUGCGACCUCCCCUUCCGCUGCCCCCGCUGUGGCGAGCUGGAGCGCUUCCACAGCCUGGCCUCGCUCCGCGCCCACCUGGAGUACCGCCACUCGUACCGCUCACCGGACGUGGACAACAGCAGCUUCAGCAUCACUGGCCAACUCCCUGACCCCCUGACCGCAGCGAUUCCCUGGCACGACAUGAGCCUCCCGACACGCAGGGGGCAGCAGAGCACAUGGCGGCCACCCCACGUACGCUCCCUCAGUGACAGCAGGGACAGCGGGUACCUCCACUCCUACAGGUCUGUGAGGAGGCGGACCCAGAGCGUCGGGGUGGGUACGCAGGCAGAGGAUGAGGAGGCAGAGGAAGAUGAAGAGGACGAAGACGAGGAGGAUGAAGAGGACGAGGAGGAAGACGAAGAGAGAGAUGGAGGCAGAAAUGAAGAGGAUAUUAAAAUGGAAAAGUCCGAUUCAGGAUACCAUAACUUCCUGUUUCGGCCUCUUGCUCAUCUCGGACAACCGGCAGACCUGGACACGGUUCUGGAUCCAGACCUGAACCUGGUCGAGCAGAACUACUAUGCUGGUCUGGAGACAGCGGCAGCCUCGGCGGCAGUGCGGCGGCGACUGGCCAGCAUCCUGCGGGCGGCCGACAGCACCAUGCAGCGGCGGCUGGCCAAGGUGAGCACGGAGCUGGCCCAGACGGACACAGAGCUGCUGUGUGAACGCGCUCACUCGCAGCACCUGGCCCAGGAGAGGCAGGAGGUGGCCGAGCGGGAGCGGUCGCUGAGCCGGCAGGUGGACGUCGCCGUGAUGGUGAUCGCCGCGAUGAGGGAGCAGCUCAACGCCUCCGAGAACGAACUGGAGCGACGAGAGAGGGAGGUGAUAACCAUCCAGAAGUUUCUGGAAGCAGUGGCUCGACAGGAGACGAGUGGUAAAGUUCGAAUCCAGCGCUUCAUCGAGGACCUGCUUAGACGCAUUGCUCUGGCCGAGAGGCUGGUGGAGUACUACCAGGUUAACGGCAGUCCGCCCCAGUGCAACCACUACAAGCACCACCAGCAGCCAACUGAUAACGGACCUCACAGAAUCACUAAAAGCAGGUCAGCAGGAGGUCAACUGUCCUCGUCUUGUUUCCACGACAGCAGGACGCCCUUGUCCUCCCAGUGCAGCGGCUGCCCUCCGUUCUCCACGCCGGGUGCUGAACGAGACCGGGAGCACAUGGAGCGGCUGGCCCAGUCGUCCAGGCUCUUCUGCCGACCCGAACACAGAGACGACAUCUGGAACCACCAGCGCCGCCGGUCCGCCGGGUACGAGGCCUAGAUGUGUAGGGAGACGCCAGGGAGGGGGGGGGGGGUCAGUGGGUAAAACCUUUUUACACAAUUACUUUAUUUCAGUAUGAUAAGCUUGGGAAAAGUUUAAACUUUGGAAUAGUUAAGUUUCAAUCAAUCCUUACUGAAGGAACAUGUGCAGAUUAUUAUUAUAUUUAAUAUAUACUUAUUAUUAUUAUUAUUAUUUGGACAAUCUUGGUUUUCCCAGUGAUGCUGGCGACUCGUCCUCUCCUCUGGUCGAACCCUCACAUCUCGGCCUGGUUCUCCCUAAAACUCCCCAUCAGUCCAGUUAUCUUCCUCCUGUCUGUGCUUAUUAAGGUCAAACUGCUGCAGUUAUCCUGAUGAGUUGAUUGAACUAUCUGGAACUUCCUCCCCCAACAGAACUUUCUUGAAACUUUGAAUGAAGAUUAGGUUCAUUUAAACUUGGAGCGUUGCCCUGUGAUGAUAGAGGAAACCGUGGAGUUCCUGUGGUGCUUCUGUUAUCAUCAUCCGACCAAUGAGGCAGGAAAUCAUUAAGUCAGUGAUUGGAACAUGGACCAUUUCUAAAAAAUGGACAGAGACUCCAAGUUUAGAAAGUGGAGCCAACAAGGUCACUGCAUCCUUGAUUCUGUGUGAUGACUGCUGUCCAAUGAGUGCAGGUGUAGGUGGGCCUGCAGUGUCCUCCAGAUCGAAGUCAGGCUCCACCCCCUGCUCCAAACCAGGGGGUGAUGUCGCCUCGCUGCUCUGAUUUGCUUUGUUAGGCACAGACAUGACUUUGAUGACAUCAGAUCUGGGUCGAGCUCAUUGUUCACGUGAUUCUUGGCUUUCGCUCGAGUGUGUGAGCUUCACUACAUGAGGACCAACACGGAAAGUUUCUGAUAGCUGUACAUAACGUUAGAUACAUGUUGACUUAAAAUGAUUUAUUGUGAUUUAUAUGCUUCCUUACAGUUGGUCCUUCUGUACGCAGCUAACCCGCCCGCCAGUCUGUUCCCAGAGCAGGAUGUUAAACCAGAGAUAUGGUGGAGGCUAAAAUCAGAUAUGCACAAGUAUAAGCCGCCUGUUUAUAAGGAGCAGUGCAACAUUUCUGGGAAGGAAAGCUUGCGUCCCGCCCUAGAUCAGCAUCAGAUGAGAAGAUAGAAAUCUGUAUCAUCUCUCUGCGUCCAGUGCACAGAGGAUUCAGGCCCUGUUAGCCUAGCUUAGCACAAAGACUGGAUGGAGAGGGAAACUGCUAGCCUUGGUUGAUGACUACAAAGUGACUGUAAAGCUUCCUCAUCGAGCCACAAACUAAUUCAGACAUUUUACCACUUUAAAGAAUCAGGAUCCUGAUGUUCAGUAUUUUUAUUCUCCUCAACAAAAAUCUGAAAAAAACCUUAAACCAGUCUUUGUGCUAAAGCUUUGGAGAACUGGUUUUAUCCUCCAUUGCAUGUUUUUCUGAUAACAGAAGUCACGUUCAUGCAGCUCGGCCAAGUUCUGCAGGACACCACACACGCAGUAUAACGAAUGUACCGAGUUAAUGCUCUAGCUCAUGCCGAAAGAGACGCUCCGUUCUGAGACCUGACUCUCGUCCCGUAGACGUCGUAUCAAACACUUUCAUCCGAAGUGACUUAUCAGUGCCGUGAAUACAUCCAGUUCAUCUGCAGUAAACUAAACAAGUCGUGGCGGCUUCUUUGAUACCAUCGUUCCUCUGGUUACGUGCCAUGUUUUUGCACUCAUCCAAUCAUAAGAAUGUAAAUGUAAAAGAUGGUAUUUGGUGUAAAAUGUACCUUUUUAGUUUCCGUUGACAGUGUUAAUAGAUAUUUUAUAUUCAAAGCAAUUAUGUGUCGUCAAGUGGAAGUAGUCGUCCUUUAACUUGGCAGAACAUUCACCUGAGUCACAAAGCAUUUUUUAUUUUUAAGCCCGGUGUCUGCAAGGUCCUGUGAACGUCUUCAAAUUAGUGUUUAACUGGAACAUGUAUCAUCAGCGGAUAGUUAACUUCACUAAGGUGAUCAAAGUGUUUGAUGGAUCUUGCAGACACCUCCCAGAGGUCGAGGCAGCGUCCACACUGACACGUCUUUAUUUUUUAAAUGAAAGUUAUCUCCGUAUACUUGAACGUUUGAGCUUCAUGUCAGAAAAGAUGAAUCAGGAAGUAGAUUGUUUCCUCUGCAGUUGGUUGCUUUGUUACAGAAGAAGGGGGGGGGGGGGGGUAGGAGGAACAGCGAUGAUGAAAAGUAAGAGCACUUUUUCUUUUCUUGGACGAUGACGAGGUGGAGCUGUUACUGACAGUCGCCGUCCCUCAUUCCUGUUAUUUUCUAAAACUAAGCAACCACCUGCAGAGUAAACAAUCAACUUCCUGUUUACAACAUAUGACCAGUGUAGUUGAACGGUCAUGUGACAUUUGGUUUCCAGUGUGUUAGUGUGGACGGAGAUUAUUUCUGGAUUAGUUCACGUUUAAAAACGCAGUUUAAAUCCUGUUAGUGUGAACGCAGCCUGACCAGUGGUUGUGCCAAUCAUAUUUUUCUUAUUUUCACAUUUAUUAAAAUCUAAUAUAUAUAUUAUAUAUAUUAAAUCAUUUUAAUUGUAUUUAUUGGAUGUUGCUAAUAUUAUUAAGCCAGAUAAUGUUCUGUACUUUUGUUUUUCAUCACUUUAACAAACCAAGUCGGACUGAAUUUGAUAAUUUGUUGUCACCUGAUGCUACUUGUUAAAUGGAAAAACCGUAUAUUUAGAAUAAAAAGCAUUAGUUUUCUGUUGAAAGGCUUCGUGGAGGUGAAAGUGGAUUCGUUGAGGUUUCCCUUAAUCUGCUUCUCAACACGUGAGAACCUGAUCUGAUAGAUUUGGACCAAUUAUCAACGAGGAUGUGAGAGAUUUGAGAUCUGUGUCAGUUAACUAGACUUUAGCAGUGAUGAUGUGAAGUGUUGCUGCUGCUGUGGAUUAAAAACCCUGCUGCUCUCGGAAGAACCUGAAAGAACCAAGAACACAGAGACUCAGUCUUUGUUUUUAGAUUUGAAUGAACUGAUGACUUCAUGUUGACUCAACAUCCGUCGGACGUAAUAAUUAUAAAAACUUUUAUUCUUUUUUAGACCAGCCGUCCUUGGCCGAGGUGAUCACUGAGUUGAAGGGUUUUUAUGCAAACAGCAGCUUAACUCUUGACGUGUGUGUCUGGUUUGUGUGUCUGGUAAACUGAUUUCUGUUGUCGAGUUUCUGGUGCUCAGUCUUUGGAAGUUGGUAGAAGAUGCAUGACGCAGCUCAACAACUACUACAUAUGUAGCUAUUGUGUUACUGUGAAAGCAUGCUCCAUAUGUAGCAAAGAGUACUUAUAAAAUACUGUUAUCUUGUACUAUGUGUACUUUUGUAGCAGAGCGAGGUCUAUUUUAACGGUGUUUGAAGGAGAGUUGCACUAAGCGUGGAGCUGUUGGGUUUGACACGACGAAGGAGUUGUGUUCUGGACAAUCAGCACGGGUCAGGCACAGGUGUGGAAAAGUCUGGAAAAUACACUUCCUGUGGAAAACGUGCUGGACCUUUGAAAGGAAGAGGAAACAGACGAGGCUGAAAACACAAUCGAAAGCAAGUUACUGUCGGAUCUUUCCUCCCUCACGAUUGGUGGAGAUGGAGGGAUUUUUUAUGUUGUGUGAAACUGUUUCCCGGCCGAGUUUAAACCUCCUCGAGUUCGUCAUGAUUGUCCGUAGGGAUUUCGUUUGCAGAAGUGAUCUCUAGUUUUGUGCCUUCACUCCAAACCUCCGUCGUCUGUAUAACACUGUGCAAAAUGCAAUACUGUGAAGAGCUGGAUAACGUUUUCUGUUCUGUGUGGACACCAUGGAAGAUUAAAGAAAAAACAUGACACCAACAA